AUGUACUGGUCCUCACUUGGGCUUGCACUUACCACUUUCUUCAACAAUGUCGCAGCUUCGCCAGCUCACAACCUCAAAGCGCGCCAAUUUGCGACAGCUGCAAUGCUGCGCUUCCAGUGCUCUCAAUUAGUUUACGAUCGCAUCGACCCACUUGUUCAGCCUGGCGUUGCACCCUCAGCACACAUGCACCAGAUCGUGGGUGGAAAUGCCUUCAACGUGUCUAUGCCACCGCUCGACCUCGAUCCCAGCACGGAAGCCACAUGCACAACCUGUGAUUUCGCUGAAGACCUCUCAAACUAUUGGACCGCAAACCUAUACUUCAAAGCGCGCAACGGUACUUUCCAACGCGUCCCUCAGAUGGUUAAUUUGGGCCUUCAGGGUAGAGAAGGCGUUACAGUGUACUACAUUCCGCCAUACGAUGGGAAGAGCACCGUCACAGCUUUCCCCAAAGGCUUCAGGAUGUUGGUUGGUGAUCCAGGAUUGAGAGUCCAGGAGGGACAACAAAAGCAGCUUUGCCAUCGGUGCUUUACGAACAAAGAACAGGAUCCCUUCGGUGGCGCGCCAUGUAUUGGAGAAUUCGAUACUGCGGGACUGCCACCAAAGAUGUGUGGCGGUGGAAUUCGGACGACUAUUACGUUUCCGACAUGCUGGGAUGGCAAGAACCUCGAUUCCCCCAACCACAAAGACCACGUCGCUUACCCAACAACUGGCUCCUUCGAGUCCAACGGUCCCUGCCCAGCGACACACCCCAUACAUAUGCCACAACUCAUGUACGAAGUCAUGUGGGACACCACCCCUUUCAAUGAUGCGGCUCUCUGGCCUGAUGACGGCUCGCAGCCUUUCGUGUACAGCAUGGGUGACGCAACUGGCUAUGGCCAACAUGGCGACUAUGUCUUUGGCUGGAAAGACGGCGCGCUGCAAAAGGCUAUGGAUCAACGCUGCUUUGGAAACACCUGUACUGGACUGACGACUCAGGGUGCUGAUGUGUCGACAAAGUGCGGGGUGCCGCAAGCUGUGAAAGAGCCGGUCGAUGGAUGGCUUGAUGAAUUGCCUGGUGGGCCGGCCGUCACUUACGAGUAA